AAGAAUAUGGGAGCAUCUUAGAUGGGCCAAUACAUUGAUCAUUAUUUCACAAAUGCAUAAAUUGCAAGUGAAAUGAUGUGAUACAUUUCGUUUUAACUUUAGGUUUCAUCUUGAUCAGUAACCUACGAUGAACUCUCAGUAACCAUGGCGACCCUGACAUUUGACAAAGAGGAGUCGUUUUUAAGAGGACACAUUCCUCUUCAGAAGUUCAAGAAGCAGAUAGAGCUGCUGAAAUGGGAGAGUGUGGAGGGGAUAGACUUUGCUGGCAAUGGAUACUGUACAGACCAGGUCAUCUACACAAUACGGGCAGCCAAGAAGGGAGCCUUUUCGUCGCUGAAGAGAAUCAACCUCCGAGGAUGUCAGCUGUUGAGUGACGUCGGACUUAACUGGCUGUCUGACAUCAUAGCCGGGGCCAGCAAACUAGUCAAUGUGAAUCUGGAUGGAUGUUGCCUGGUGUCAGAUGUCGGAUUGGCCCAGCUUCUGUCCGUCUUACCGGCGGAUUGUCAUCUCUCUGUGAUAGGGACCGCCGUGUGUCGUCUGUCAGCCGCGCGGGACAAAAAAGUUCGGACAGGGGCAGGGUCCGUGUUCCCAUUGGAUGAAGGAAUCAGUGAUUUCAAACAAGGCGGAGUAUUGGUGGUUCCCCACUCAAGUGUCAAGUCCAGCGUGGCUCAUGCCCUGGGGGGUAAGGCCGGGGUGUCACUGACCAGUCUACAUCACAUGACCCUGGGACUCAAAGACGGAUGGACCAUCAACCUGAACGAAGCAGACAUUAACAAUCCCCUGUUGGACAUCCUCGUUGGCAGUAAGCCAGUCCAAGUCCUCAUACCGUUUGACGGCUCAGCAGAUAUCACUGAUGUUUCCAAGCAUGUCGCUGAAGUGGUCUCCAGGGUGAUACUGAAGGAACCAGAUUACCCAUAUAUGGAGAUAGGACAGCACAUUGAUCUGUUCUCCCAGAAAGUGAAGACAGAGGACCAGUUUAUAGAGGUCAAGUCCGUGACCGGACAUAAGUUGGACCGGGAAAACUCCGUUCUGGAGAACUGGGCGGUGACGGAGACAGAACGUACAGUGAAGGGCUGCUUCCUGUCCAGGACCCCUCUAACUAGGUCACAUCCCUACUUCCUGAUCGAAUUCAUCAAGAAAGAGGAGUCACUUCCGAGUGAUACUGAGGCUGCGGAUAUCCAGGAUGAGCUUCUGAUUGGAGCUGUACGUGACGUCAUGAUUCCAAAGUUGUCGCCCGACCCAAAUAACAACAGGAGUAUGAUAUCUAUGACAGACCCCAAAAACUUCGUUAUACACAGUUUUCAGUUAUCCAAUGUGAAGAAAGGUGACGUGUUUGGGUUCGGUAUCCGUGGCGACUGGGACUCCGAGUACAAUGCUGGCCCGCACUGUCGGCUGUACUUCACUCACAAUGGUACAGAGGUGAAGUACGAGGGUGGCCACGAGUCACAGGACGGCGCCUUUAGUCGCUACUACCACCCCGUGGUCGCUAUAAAUAGCCACUACACCUGUCAGUUCAAGCUCCCCCACCUGCUGACCCCGCCUAAGGAACUGUUGAGUGUCUACAAGAAGGAGAAGAAAUGGAUUCACCACGGUUACAACCAGUGCUGUGUUGUUAACAAAUCUGGAGUUAUCAGUCAGAACAAGUACGACGGCCGGACGUCAGACGUGUACUUCCUGUCGGAGCCGUCAAUCGGGACCAAGGACACACCCUACACCUCGUUCUCCGUCAAAAUUCUCACCGAGAUGGACGACUUCAAGAUCGGGAUCAUUGUCAAUGGUCGCACUAUUUCCACCAACCAUAGUGACAGUAUCCGCUACCUGUUGGUGUAUGCCACUGGACAUGUCAAGGAGAAAAACGACAAAGAGAUAUUACAGCUGGUGAAUGGUCCGACCAAAUUCACGGCAGGGGAGGAGGUUACGAUUGAGUGGGAGGUGGAGCGACAGCCAAUCACAUUCAAGGGAACAAAGCAGUAUCCAGUCAGAGUGAAGCGAAAUGGGAAACUCUUGUGUGAGAGCUCGUAUAAUUUCAACUUUUGUGGAGGCAAGCCUGAGGAGCAAGUUCUGGUCUACAUUCCUAGUCACAACACACAAGAGAGGAGACUACAGCUGAUGAACUACCAGCCCCCUUACAGGGCCCAAAUUGCAGAGUCUGACAAGAUAACUGUGGGUGUCCAGAGGUCCAUGCAGAUCUUCGAUGAUGGCUCUGUUAUGGCAAGUUCAGACAUGAAACACUCCUACGCCUUCCUGAUGUCAAGGACCCCCAUCAAUGCCCAGAUGACCUACUUUGAGAUGGAGGUUUCUGUUUACGGGGUGGACAACCCUGACAUGGGGAUCGGACUCACCCACGGAUUUGCGGAUUCUUCCGAUUACAUCGGAUGCUCUCGAUAUGAAGUCUUCUAUUGCAGCAAAAACAGUGCAAGGGUUGGGGCUGUGUGCAGCCAAGAGAGGUUGAUCACCAGUGAGGACCUGAAAUUUGUUGAGGGGGAUGUUCUGGGGUGCGGGGUGAAGGGGAAGUUCCGGGAGGACGGGGAGCUGAUUGAGGAAAGCGAAGUCGAAGUGUACUUCACCAGGAACGGAGAAGAGGUCUACAGACAUAAGAUGAAGCAUUAUGCGGAUGGCCUGUUCCCAUUUGUGGCACACUCUUCUCAUCUCUCUGUCAUCCAAAUCCGCGGAUUCAGUUCCGGGUCAGACUGGAACAAGGCAAAGUUUUCAUCCAAAGGACAGAAGAGUUCUGGGGCAAGUGGUUCCCCGUUUCCGGGGUGUGGAUUCACGGUCCUGGAUGUGACAGGCGGUGCUAACAUGGCGGCUCUCAAGGGCAAAGUGACCUUGGAUAAGCUGCCAUGUGUCCAAAAAAUCAGGGACCACAUCCGGACUCUGGAGGGUGAGUCUGACAGUCUGGGCCUGGAUCAGCAGCAGAGAUUGAGCGAACUCGUCCGAGCCUCGGAGAACCUGGAGAGACUCGCCAAGUCCCCGGACAGACUGACAUAUCUGUCCGCCAAACUGUCCUCCAGUGAGGGAAUAGACACGGUAAAGACAGCCAUCUUAAACCACUUCCUGUCCCACAGAGACCAGCAGAUGGCGCUGUACAGUCUGCCAUCCUCACUGCUGAAGGUCCCAGAUCUGAUCAGACAGGAAGUCCGCGCCCACGGAAUCUGUCCAGUGGUGGAGUCACGGUCACAGGACAUAGCCUGCCCAAGCCUGUUUGAGAACAUUAAGAGCGUGUCGCCUAAAUUCCUUACAGGGGAGAUGUUUCUAAGGCUGGUGGAGGCCAUGUACCACAAGGGGGAGCUGUUGUGUUUACAGUCAGACUGUGGCUUGCUAGCCCUGGAUUUUGACUUUGCAGGAAAGCCUGCCGAGUCUCUGAUCAACUUUACAAAACUGGAAUCUUCUCCUGCAGGCAUUACUGCUGUUGGGAAGUCCUCUACUGUAUGGAAAGCAGUACUUAAGGACAUGGACAAGGACCAAAUGACAUUGACCUUUCUACAGAAUUACCUUGGCCUGAUGAAGAUCCCGGUGACCUGGAGGACUAAUGUCAAGGAUGAGUUGUUUGUGUACGCACUGACCCAGAAUCUGAGUCCUCCCGCACAGAGCUUUAGGGAGUUUGUGAGCAGAGAGCGGGCGGUCAAGGAUUGCGUUUUGUUACGAAGAUCUUACAGCUUCCCCGCGAUGUCCCCGCCACAGUUACUUCCCCUUAUUCUCUCCGCCAUUGUUGGAUACAGCCGGCCCAUCAUCCUGUCCCAGGAAGGGACAGUAACUCUGUCUGGUGUUGUUCAGACAAUUGUCAAAGAGGGGGCAGUCAAUGGAGCACGUACCCUGGAGGUUGAGUGUCGUUGUUACCUCCCCCAGAAGAACGGCGCUUCAGUGAAUGAUGACACAGAGAGAAGUGUUAGGGAGUACACACGUCACGUCUUCUGUCUCGUCACGGACCUGGUGGACCGCGUCAUCAAGAGGCGCGGCGUCCUAGCAGUCGUAUCACAGAACUCGCCACUCAAUUCAGUGAACUCGACAGUGAGCUGCCAUCACAACUGGUCCCCGCUCCCCGACACGGACAGUGGACAGUCAGUAUGUACCGUGUGUAACCUGUGCUGUGACAAGGGAGAGAACUGUGUCUACAACAGGGUGAUGGGGACGGACCUCCGACAGUGUGGGUGUCGGACCGCGACCCCAGGGUGUGUGGACUGUGGGAUCUGUGUCACCUGUGCCAAGAACCUUUGGAAUCUGAGAACAGAACUGAGACCUAUGGCAAUGUCCUUGACCUCGGCCUCAGAGAUCCAUCAAGUGACCUUGAGCCCUGUGACCUUCAAUGAGGUGGAGGUUGAUGUGACGCAGGGAAUGUGUCCACCGAUAUGUCUAAGCUCAGUAAACGAUGGAAAGUGUAUCUUGACGGCCCCUGGUAUGGCUCGGACUUAUAAUAAAGACAUCAACCUGUCCGACCUGACGUAUGCACAGAACAGCAACAAAGAUUUGAGGCUCUAUGUAAAACAAGGGGACAGAGUGAAGAUCAGGCUGUUUGCUCCAAAGGGAGCUGUUAGCAGCAGUGCAGAGAGAGGGGAUUCCAAGCCUGUGGUUCCGACAUUUAUCCAGUACUGUACAGAUGUAAACAGAGAGGUGUUGGCUCUCCAGGAGGCUGGCAUUGUGUGCUAUGCCAAGGGAUCCAAAGCUGUUGGUCAGUUUGUUGGACCGAAGCCUUUUUCAGAAUCUCUAAGGAAGUUCUCAAUAAAGAUUUUAUGCCGGGGCUCAAAGUGCUCCGUUGGAGUCGGUAUCUGUCCCAAACUCUAUCCCAGUAACAACAUGCCCGGCUGGAAGACGAACUCUUAUGGUUACCACGCCGAUGACGGGAGGGUGUACAAACAAAAUGGCAGCUCCAAGGAGGAGUUUGAGCAGUGCACCAUGGGAGAUGUGAUGGCGGUGGAGUAUGAUGUCACAACCCAUGAACUGAAAUUCUUGAAGAACGAGAAAGAGGUUCACAAGAUGACGAUCCCAGACAACGGGAAGAAGCUGCCGGACUUCUACCCAAUGAUUGGACUCCACUCUGGGCACGAGGUCGUCAGGUUGAUGGAGGUCGAACCAUGGACUCCAUUAGACCCAAACGCGAAGAAGCUGGCACCAAAUAGUGUGGAGUUCAUCCGUAAAGAGGGAUUAAUUAUAAGCCCACCCAAAGUACUGAACAUGAUGAAGAUUUACUCUGGACAGUGUACAGGACAGAUCAUCCUACACAACACCACAAAGACAGCCAUGGGAUACAAGUUGGAACCCCACACUAUAUUUGUUGCCAGGGAAGCGGAUGGAGGGGCCAAUCACAGCACAGGGAUCUUAGAACCUAAUGAGGUCAAGGUCAUCAUGUGUCACGCAGCGGAGCAAGCCUCUAAGCUGUCAGAUAUCACCAUUCAGUGGAAGGAGCUCCAGAAAGACAGGAAGUACUCCGACACAGAGCUACAGAAAGCACUCAGUGGAAAAUGUCACAGCUACAGACUGAAAGCAGUGAUGCUGCAUGCUGACUACCAUAGGGGGUUGAAUCGUGUGAAGAAGGGAGAUAAUAGAACGGACUAUAUCCUGGAAGUGUUCAAGAACUCAGAGCUGAUGGAGCAGUACUGGCUGGGAAAGGAUACGUACAGACUGAGCAUGCCAUUCAACUGUUCCCAGUUCAUCCUCAGAUAUCCCAAGUGUCCGAGCUUCAAUUUUCCAUCGAAGUUAGAAAAAGGGAUGAAAGUUUACAUCAGUCUACCAAACAAGGAUGUGGUGGAAGCUUUGAUCAGUGGAGUGGAGAAUUCUGGGAAAUAUCUGCUAGAGUAUUCCCCCGAGGGCGGUGGAGACAACAAGGCUAUCUCGGGGGAUCUGUCUUCUAUGGAGGUCGUGGGGUACAAAGAGGGGGACCCAGUGUUGAAGUUUAGGGCUGAUGGGUCUCAGAAGUUUCUCUUGAGAACGUAUAUUAAUGCUCCCCCAUAUCUGAUCUCAAAGGGCAGUGCCAGGGUGCUGAGGACCAAGCCACACUGGUUGUCCUCUCUGCUGGUCCGGUCAGGCAGGUGUAACUCUGACAUCCACAGACCCACAGUUCAGGAGCAGCUCGUGGUCCGACACAGCCGUAAUCUGAUUGGCUGGCUGGAUGGAUAUGGUCCCCGGGGUGGGGUAGAGGACACCUUUACCUUCCUCCCUGCCCGCCUGACCCCCGGAGAGUUACUGUACCCCUCCACAGGGAUGUACAGGGACCUCAGUGUUCACAGACUCUGCUUUUAUGCUGACCAGAUAGUCCACUUCCAGUCCCAGAGGGACCUACAGCUCAGGAAUCCGGUCCACCUGAUGGACAUGCCCGCCCUCACCCCCAAAACCCCACCCCCCACCGACCUCACCCUCACCAGCAAGUUCCAGGGCUGGGUAUACAUCGCCCUCAUUGCCAAGAAGCUGCUUUUGGCCUCUCAUAAAUUGAUUUUACCUGAAAAAGACAUGGAAUCUUUCUCCAGACCAGAGAUCGAGCAUUUCCUGUUUGCCACGGUCCAACAGUUUGCCACGUUAAGCAGCCUAUUGGCCGCUCAGUUUGGAGGUCUCCCCAACCAGAGCAACCCAACCGACGGAACAAAGUCUGUCCUUCAGCUGAUCAAAGGUCAAGAUCAAUCGCCCAUCAGGUACGAAGGAGUCCCAGUCACUGACCCACAUAACCUGAUCCAGCACGGGUCACUGUGUAUAUGUAAGGCCCACAAACUUGCCAUGGCAACCACCGACAGCGACCUUCAGUCUGACCUUGAGCUCAAAGAUGACCUUUUUGCACCGUACAACGAGAAUGUGAAUAGUGUACAUUUAAACAUAAACCAAGAAGUGGACUUUCCGAUGACUUUUUUCCGUACGAUGCCAAAUCUGGAGAACUUCUCUCUGAAUGGGUUAUCCUUCAAAGGAAAGUCUGGGCUGUCAAGUGAGAUCGCCAACCUGGAGGAGUUAAGGUACAUUGAUAUCCGUUACAUCAAGGUCACUGCCCUGCCUAACUCAAUCCUUCGUGGAAUUAGCCUGAAGCGAGUCCACUUCCAGGGAAUGCCCCUGGGUAAGGUGUCCAGUAUAAUGCAGAGAUUCAAUAAGACAUACAGGAUCACAGAGCUGACACUAAAGGACCUCAACCUGGCCGAUUUACCUGGAGAAAUCAAGUACCUGUCUCAGGUGAAGGCGCUCAACCUGGACCACAACCCACUCAAGAGGCUCCCCUCGGGGCUAUCAGAGCUGAAACAGCUACAGAAACUGUCCAUACAAGGUUAUCCCCUGAUGAACUUUGAUGGAGAUGUACAGAGUCUGAACAGACAACAGUACAGGGCCUGGCAUAAAGACAACCCAGCCAUCACUAACUACCUGAAAGCAGAGGUGGUUGAGUCGCUGUUUGAUGAAGUGGACAAGAAUAAGAAGGGAGUGCUGGGAAUCUCCGAGAUAUCUCAGGUCAAUCUCAAACUCUUCUUCCUGCUGCCGAGAUUUGGGACAGAUGGACACAAUGAGAAGUACGGAGGCUGGCCCGAGAUCCUGUUCAAGAUGAGUUGGCUGAGGGAACUCAACUUUGGGUACCAGGGUAUUACUCUGGUCCCCACCGAGCUCAAGUCAAUGGCCAAGCUCGAGCAUGUGGACCUACAGUACUGCCCCCUACUGGAGACACUGUCCUCUAAACUCGGACUGAUGAACAACCUUAACGGUAUGGACCUCCGUCACAGCCCCUCACUGAGGACCCCGCCCCAUGAGGUGGUGGGUAGGGGGUUCCCUUCGGUCAAGGCAUACCUGAAGAGACUGGACGGAGGCUACACCACCUGUAGGCGUACCAAGCUCAUGUUUGUAGGGCUGGGGGAGGCAGGUAAAACCAGUUUACUGAAGGCUUUAACAAGCAACAGUAAGAAAACGACUGGUACCCAGAAUGCCAAGCUGACUGACGGCAUUGACAUCAAGUCGUGGAAAGUGAAGGCACCAGACGGAGGGGAGAUAACCUACUCGGCCUGGGACUUUGCCGGACAGACAGUCUACUACAAUACUCAUCAGUUUUUCCUGACCUCACGUGCCGUCUAUCUGUUACUGUGGAAUAUGAGGAUGGGCUUUGAACAUGCCGGCCUGGACUUCUGGCUCUCCUCCAUAGCCUGCCAUGCCCCCGACGCCCCCGUACUGAUUGUAGGCACCCAGCUAGACCAGAUUGAGAAGCCGGACUUUGAGGAGAAGAUAAUCCGGAACAUGUAUCCACAAAUCCAGGGAUUCCACUACGUCAGCUCCAUAGAUGGCAGGGGAAUCAAGGAGUUGGAGGCUCACCUGUUGGAGGUCACUGUUCAGCAGUCCUACCUGGAGGAGAAAAUCCCUCAGGUGUGGCUCAACCUGGAGGACAAGAUGAUUAAAAUGCGAAAAGAAAAUGCCAUCCUUGACUGGGGAGAAGUAGAGAAAAUAGCAAGAGAAGAGGGAAUUUAUCAUGAACAGGAUCUUAAGGAGGCAGUGUCCUUCCUAGACAACCUUGGCACCGUGCAGUACUUUGAUACAGACUUCCUGAGGGACAAGGUGGUGGUGGAUCCCCAGUGGAUCGUCAACGUGAUGGCCUGUGUGGUGUCUGUCAGGGCCUCUGUAAUACAGAGGAAUGACGGUCGGUUCGAGCACAGUCAGCUGGACACAGUUUGGGAGAAGUUUGCCCCUGACCUUCGACCUUGGCUCCUGAGUCUGACCGAGGAGUUUGACCUCACUUACCCCCUCCCCGGCCAACAGCUCAACAUAGUGCCCUGUCUGCUUCCCCUGGAACCACCGGAAGAGUUCCAGUGGCCUGAGCUGGACCGUUUGGAUGACUCGGUCCAUGAGAACAAGAUUGUCUACAGGUUUGUCUACCUGCCUGGGGGACUCUUCAACAGGCUACAGGUGAGGCUGUUUAACUUCUCUGACGGGAAGAUGAUCUGGAAGAAGGGCUCCUUCCUACAGAAGAACCAGCACCUGGCUCUCAUACAGCAGGACAGUGACAGUCAGCUGACGGUGACCGUUCAGGGUCCGCGGCCAGAGAACAUUCUUUUUCUGAUCCACGAGACGCUGGAGAGUCUGAUCACCGAGUCUUAUCAUGGCGUCAGCUACGACUUCUAUAUUCCGUGUCCUGAUUGUCUCGUCAAACAGUCGGACAGCUUCAUGGACCCCCAUCUGUUCAAGGCGUCAAUCAUUAGGAAAGCCAAGAGUAUGAACGCUCCCUUCCUGCAGUGUACCGAGAACUUCCACACCGUGGCCAUGACACAGCUACUGGCCAUCAUGCCAGAUGACAGGAACUCGGAGUUUGACAUCCACCUCCAGUCCAGUAUCAGUGCCCUGCAGUCCAUUAAUGACGACAUCGAGUUUGACGUCGCCGUACUUUACUGUCAGGCUGACGUCCCGCCCAAAAACAAGAGUGAUGUUAUCAACCCCCGCGACAUCAAGAAAGAUCUGGUGGCCUGGAAAUACAAUGUGUGGAUGCCGGACAGAGUGAGUCCUGACACGGCCAGUGAGAUGACGCUACAGUUCAAGAACGCCAAGAUUGUGGUCUGCUGUAUCUCAGACCAGUUUGAGAAGGAUGAGACGUGUCAUGACAUGUUCCUGUACGUGGCCAAUCAGCUCCGUAAGAAGGUCCUGGUGGUGGUGGUACGACCAAGCUUGGCGUGGCAGCAGACCGACCUAGGCAUGAAGAUCGCGGACGCCCUGUUGUGUAUGAUCAGAACUCCAGACAGGUACAAGACCAAAAUAGCCGACCUCCAGGGUAUGAUAGAGAAGGACCUGAUGGAAAUGGAACAGAACAAACGGAAACCUCCAGAGGUCUUCAUCAGCUAUUGUUGGCAGAACUCCAAGCAGGCAGAGGCCAAAAACACGGUCAUCAAAAACAGGAAGUCACUGGGAGCCGUCGAUCCUCGGGAUAUCAAGGACUUCCUGACGGAGAAGAAAUUGUCCUGUUGGCUGGAUAUAGAGAGGAUAGGCACUUAUGGGCUGUACCUGGACAUUGCCUUAGGAUUACAGAGGAGUAAAAUGGUAGUCUGCUGUGUGUCCGAUGAGUAUGCUGACUCGGAGAACUGUAUGAUGGAGCUGAAGUAUGCGGUCAGUCUCAAGAUGCCUGUAGUAGUGGUUCCUGUAGGGAGUGGGAAUCGCUGGGAUACAAAGGUCAAGAUCUUCCUGAUGAAGUUGGAUGGAGACCCGAUAAUCUUGCCAAUGCAGGACAAAGAUCGACGACCAGAGCUACUGGAGAAGGUUAAGGAGGUCCUGGCGUCAACCAAUCAGAAGAAAGACGAGACCGCAGAGAAAAAGAGGCUGGAGGCGGAGGCCAAGAGAAACCAAGAAAAGAAAGCCCAGGACCUCAAGUUCUCUUACCAGGAAGAGUUUGAACUCCUCCAGAGGAAGUUCCUGCGACACAUCACCAUGAUCUCCACCAAACUGAACUUUGAGAUCUUCCCCAGUCUCCUCGUGUUUGAUUUCGUCAAAGCUGCAUCAAUGGGGACAACAUCAGACUCGAGUAAACCUCAACGGCCCAGGACAGCCCGGGAACGGAAGAAGGAGGAUGAGGAGGACUGGCAGGGAGAGGAGUUCUGUGUCAAGGUCCUGUGUGAGCACGAGGAGGGCUGGCAUAUAUCGGAGCGGUCCCUAAGUCUGAGCGCCCGGUCCCCAGAAGAAGUGGUCAAGGUGAUCCGUGAGGCGGCGCCCUAUCUGUCCCGCCUCUACUCUGUCCUCAAACAGAGCACCGUCAAACUGAACUGUCUGAGGGGGAAGGUGGGGGACUCCUACUGCAGCUAUAUAGACAAGACAGGGUUUGUGGAGACAGACUUUGGGAAGGCGUACGAAGUGAUCCACCAUUUUGUGACCGACCACGCCAGUAAACGGGACCUGCUACAGAGUCUCCACAGGUGUCAUCUACCGAGUGGUAAGCUCAUCUGGCUUUGUGACAACCACUCCCAGGGGAACCGCAUCACCAAGCUGUCCCUAGGGGGCACCACCUCCCGCGGGGCUGGGCUAGUGACCUUGAACCGCGAGGACGAAUUCCUGAAGGAGCACAUGAGGAGACAUCCUAUGGUCCUUAAGCUGCUGAAACGACCUGAGCCUGAGGAGUUAGAGGAGGAGGAAGAAGAGGCAAAGGAUGAGGAGGAGGCUGAGGACAAUGAGGAAGAAAGGAAUAUGGAGGAGGAGCAACAAGAAGAUAGCCCAGAGAAAGGUAGUCCUACAGAGCAGGAAACAAGUGUAGGCAUUGUUGUAGAAAACAGGAAAGAGAAGGAAGCUGUUAGAAGCACAGCAGAAGUAAAGAACACAGCAGAAGUAAAGAACACAGCAGAAGUAAAGACCAGUAAGGAGGCUGUAUCUGUGGAGAGUAAGAAAGAUAACGUUGGAACUAGGUUAGGGGGACCAGUCAACAGAGUCGGAAGUCCUGCUCCUACCAGAGGGGGCGUGGAACAGAGGCCGGGCGGGAAGAUGGCGGGGAAAGACCCAGUCAAAGGCGGUGUACAGGGUGGGCCAAAAGUCGGAUCAGAUCAGAAGUCGCCCAGUACCAGUGGAGGUCAGCAAAAUGGAGACCAGACAACGAACAGAGGUGGCCAAGUGCAGAGGCCAGCAGGAUCGCCGAGAAAUCCCCAGAAAAAAGACGCGAAUAGUUCAGUGUGUGUACUGUCUUGAUGUCACUAUACAUGUAGAUUAACCAAUGUGUACAAAUAUACACACGUAUGCAUUUAGAAUUCAUAUCACUAAAUGUUUUAUAUUGAUGUUUAUAUUAUCUGUACUUACCAAUAUUGGGUACAUUCUAUUUGCUCAACAUCAAAUUUUUGAUGGACUUUUUUUUUUGUUCUUUUCUGCGAAAUAUUUUUUUUUUAUACAAAUUUGUAUUUAUAUUUUUUGAAGCAUAAUUUAUUUUGAUAUUUUACUUGGUUUUACAUAUUAUUAUGAUAUUCCAAUAUUUUUUCGAUGUCACAAGGUCUUUCUAAUAGGGUUUAUACUUUAUAAAUACCUUAUACUUUGUACUUGCUUGUUACAUUAUUUACACCAGUGAUGCUGUAUUAGGAUUUAUGAAUUGUUAAUUGUCCAACAUUGUUAUCUGUGUUACGCCAAUGAUUCUUAGUGUAAUGGGGUGAACAAAUUAUCAUUUUUGAACAAAAUGUCAUUUGUGAACAAAAUGUCAUUUGUGAACAAAUUGUAACAUGUGAACAAAUUGUAUCAUGUGAACAAAUUGUAUCAUGUGAACAAAAUGUCAUUUUGGAACAAAAUGUCAUUUGUGAACAAAAUGUCAUUUGUGAACAAAUUGUAACAUGUGAACAAAUUGUAACAUGUGAACAAAAUGUCAUUUGUGAACAAAUUGUCAUUUGUGAACAAAUUGUAACAUGUGAACAAAUUGUCAUUUGUUCACAUCAAGUGAACUGACAUUACUGUAACAGCUGUGUUUACCGAUAAGACUGAGUCCUGUAAUGUGAUAUCGUAUUGUUUAUAUCGUUGUAUCGUUUCUUUGUUUUGGACUGUAUCUGCAGCCGUCCCUUCUAUGCUUAAUACUCUUAUACUCAAUUGUUGUUCAGAUCUUGAAACUAUAUUUGAAUUUUUUACAGACUUUUAUUUUGCACUUUGCCAUUUGUUGUAUUUAUAUUGCGAGAUGAUGUGACUUGUUGUAUUUAUUCUAUAAUAUACAUUUACUGCAUCAACUCUUUACAAUGUUAGUGAUGGUACAUGUACAUGUAUAGCUGUUCUUCUCUAUUGAUAUACAUUAGGCCAUUCUUUAAAAAAUGUUUGUUUGGAAUUGCCGCCUUGAGGUUUAUAGACCCAGAAGGGAGGGAGGGAAUUUUUAUCACAAUAUUGAAGCUUAACUAAUUAGAAA